CUACCCCCACACCACACCCGUCAUUGAUCCACAGUUGACUUAGUAAUUUCCAAUAUUUGUGAGAAAUCAAUUACGAAGAGAUUGAUGAGAGAGAAACCAUGGGAGCUGAUGUACCGAUUUCAAGUUUAUUAGAGAAAUUAAACAAGUUGAAAGACGUUGUCCAGGAAAGAUUUAUCUAUCCAAGACUGAGAAAUCAUGUACAUGUUGCCAUCGACGAACUACAACGCAUUCGGAACGAACUGGAAGAAACAGAGGAUACCAGUACCCUUCUUCCCACUGUUUACACAUCAGAUGAUACCAGUACCCUUCUUCGCUCUGUUUAUUCUGCUGAAUUUUUAAUCGAAACUUUCCUCCUCAACACACCAAUUCAUUGCCGACGGGAAGAUCCCAAAAAUCUUACCAAAAACCUGCCAAUUCCACCAUGGACCCAAUUAGGGUUCAGCUCCAAAUUGAAAAAAUUCGUGAAGAGCUUAAAAGCUGUACAUAGUAAAUCGCGGCCUCGCAGAGACCAUUCGGCAAUCAAUCACAAAACCCAUGAAUUUGAAGAUGAUGAUGAUGAUGAACUUGUUGGAUUUGGAGAUGUGGCAGAGAAGAAUCUGGUAGAUCGACUGAUCAACGACGACGAGAAAAGCCUCCGCGUGAUAUCUCUGGUCAGCGAAAAGGCUGUGGGCAAGACAGCUCUGGCAAGGAAGGUUUAUAACAGACUCGACGUUCGGCAGUCUUUCGAGUGCCGUGUUUGGCUCCAUGUUCCCAAAAAUAGAGCUCAUGAGCGUGGAUGAGCUGUCUGCUCUGCUUUUCCAGACUUUAAUGGAGCUCAGGUUUCUAAUAGUCUUGGAUGAUGUCUCCUCGUUUGAUGUCUGGCUCAUGUUAGCAUGUCCCUUUGCAGACGCCGCCAAUGGUAGCAGAGUCAUCCUCACUACUCGCGACUCUAAGAUAGCCUCGGAUGUUGAUCCGUGGAGUCGCCCACCGCUGGAACUCAAGCCCUUCACUGAUGAGCUGAGUUGGGAAUUGUUCUCGAACAAGUUUCGUGUAGGCAGACAUGACACAGAUACACACCACCAGUUAAACAGUUACAAGGUAAAAAUUCUGAAAAUAUGCGGCGGUUUGCCUCCAGCAAUUGUCCUGCUUGGACGAUUGUUGUCAACUAUACAAUCUAAUGAGUUGGUCUGUGUAAUUGAUAGUCUUUUAAUCGACUUGGACAAACUUGAUCAAUCACCUCUCUCAAAUAUUAUAGCUUUAUGUUUUCGUGAGCUACGGUCUAAGUUGAAGCUAUGUUUUCUUUACUUGGCUCUCUUUCCUAAAGAGUAUGAGAUCUCCGUGCGGAGGCUGUUGCAGUUGUGGAUUGCAGAGGGUUUUGUGAAAAUGUCAAGUACCCAACAACCUGAAGAUAUAGCCGGUAAAUAUUUGAAAGAACUCGUGCACAGAAACAUGAUUGAAAUAGCAACAAGGAAGGAAGACGGAAGGCAUAAAACAUGCCGAAUGCCAAGCUUUCUUCAUGAUUUCUUCUUUCAAAAAUCUGAGGAUAUAGGAUUUAUUCACUCCCACCAUUGCAGAGCGAAUUGUACGCCGAUAGAUUCACCUGCUCAGCUUAGAACAGAUUCACUGGCUGAUCAGCCUAAUACAGAUUCAUCUGCUCAGAAUAAUAUAGAUUUACCUGCUCAGCCUAAUAAUGUUUGUUUAUCAGAUGUUUGUUUUAAAGCCCAAACGAGAGGUACAUCCAACGAAAAAAUCAAUGCGUUGCUUAAAACAAUUAUCGAUAGGAGGGGAUCUAGAGGUUUUGUGUUGACGAAGGUGCUUGAUCUAGAAGGUGCCCACAGACCUUUGCUACAUGCGAAACUCGGCAAGUUUUUGAGCAACUUAAGGUACAUAAGCUUGCGAUGGACCGGUAUAGACUCAUGUCCGAAGUCUAUUGGCGAUCUACCAUGCCUGGAGACUUUAGAUUUGAAGUAUACUAACAUAACCAAUCUGUCGAGUUCCAUUUGGAAGGCGAAGAACCUUCGACAUCUGCUUAUGAACGAGGUGUCCAUUCUGAAGCCAUCAUCGUCAAAACAGUCUUCAACUUCAAUGUCCAACAUUCAGACCUUAACGGGCCUCCGAAUCGGUUUUGAGGACCCCAAAGAAUACGGCUUGAACAGGUUCACCAGCCUUCGGAAAUUGGGACUGACUUGCCAUUCAAGAUCAUCAGUGGAGAAAACAUGGGAUUGCAUCUCACAACUUAACAAACUUCAAACUUUCAAGCUGAGAUCAAGAGAUCAUCAAUUCGGUCAGCCUUCAGAGCUCGUGAUUCCUGACAAUCUGACAACCCAUCCGUCUCUCUCAAACUUAUAUUUGUUCGGAGUGUUCAGAAUGUUCGAAGUUCGAAACCUUCCCCAAAACCUCAAAACCCUGACACUGUCAAUGUCGAAAAUCAAAGAAGAUCCAAUGCCGGAGCUAGGGGAGUUUCUGCCUCAGCUGAACAUGCUCAGGCUUUUUGCUGACUCUUUUGUAGGGGAGAAAAUGAAUUGUCUUGGUGGGGGAUUUCCCAAACUUCGUGUGUUGAAAUUGUGGAUGUUAGAAACCCUCAAGGAGUGGAUCGUUGAGGAAGGUGCUAUGCCCGAACUCGAAGAAUUAGAAAUUAGAGGUUGUGAAAAACUGAAAAAGUCGCAAGGAUUGGAGCGGCUGAGUCACCUCAAGGAAUUCACUUUAACAAACAUGAAGCGGGAAUUUGUAGAAGAUGUUAAACAAAAUCUGGCGUCCGUGGACAGAUCGCACAUACUACUCACCAACAAGUUCAAGUCUUCAACCACUCUUGCAUGUCACGCACCAUAGACUGUCUGAUCUGUCCAUUCUGACUGUUCUGCUACUGGAGCUAUAUCUGUGAGUAAUAACUCUGUAAAGCUAUGUUUGACUUUAAUUAUUUUCUGAUGAUAUGAUAUGAUCUAUUUUCUGAAAUACUAUUUUCUAUAUGGGCGAAUGAUUGUCCAGAUUUCUAAAAUGUAUUCGUGACAUUCUUAGCAUCAUGUGAUAUCUAUUAUCUGCUCUGUAAACGUAUCAUAUAAUCAUGAGUCAACUGAACAUCUCAUGUGAUCAUGAGUCAACUGUACUUCCCAUGUGAUCAUGGGUCAACUGUUAUGGAUCCUAAUAAACGUCUUUGUGCACAUGAGUCAACUAUUUGCGUCCUAUACAAAUGGGUUAACUAUUCUGUUAAUGCUAAUGGAUGUACCACGUAUGAUUAUCUGUGAACUCUAAAUAUGAAUAUGAAUCUAUUUCUGAUCUGAAUUCUGAAUU